UUUAUGGCAAACGUGACUUUUUUACUUACUUACUUUAGUUACUUCUCUCCGUUUGUAUUGGCUUGGUUUACUGUACUUUUGUUUGCAUUUUGGUUGUUGAUUGGAUAUUUUCAACCUUUGAACCUUGAAAGUUUUGAUAAGUUUUGGAUUUUUGUUCUGUUGCAAAAUCAUCAAGGUUUCAACAUUGAUGGAUGAUUCGAAUCAAUUUUCAAUACAGGAACGUAUUGCAUGUUGUUUUUGGUUUGAUCAAUCAAGAUCAACCGAUUUGGUACAGGAAAAAUUUCAACAACGUUUUCAUAAUAAUCAUGGAAAAAAAUCAUCAACAACAACAACAACAACAAAACCAUUGCCAUUACCAAGUCGACAAUCAAUACGUUUAUGGUAUCAACGUUUUAUUAAAACUGGUUGUCUUAUACAUGAUGAUAAUGGUAAUUUAGAUCAACAGAUCAAUUCAAUGGCUAAUCAUAAUGAUGAUAAUUUAACCGAUUCGAUCGACGAUGAAGAUUCAUUCAUCAAGAUGAAUAACUGUAACCAUCAUCAGCAUUCGAAUGGAAAUGAUUCGAAUGUUAUUGAAAAGAAUUCGAAUGGAGCAGAAGCAGUAAAACUUUCCGGUAAAAUGGUAAAACGAAAAAUUGGUCGACCAAGAAAAAAAUUACAUCAUAAAACAAUACUUAAAUCAAAACGAUCAACAACAACGGCAAAAAAUCAACAACAACCAGCGAAACCGACAACAAAUUCUCGAUUAAGAUCAACAAAAUGAUGGUGGUGAUGGUGGUUAACACGAUAAUAAUCAGGGAUCUCGAAUAUUUCUUUUUUUAUUCAACGAUUUUUUCUUUUUUUUUUUGUAUUUCUAUGAGGAAAUUUGUCUUAAUUUUUCUUCUUGUUUCGGUGAUG